CCGUAGAGACAUUCAGUCUGACAGAGUCCAUCAUGAGGAGUCUCGUGUUUCUGCUGUUGGUGGCUGUGGCCAGCGCUAGAGUCUACACGCGCUGUGAAUGGGCCCGAGUGCUGAAGGCUAAUGGGAUGGACGGCUACUAUGGCCACAGCCUGGCCAACUGGGUUUGUCUGAGCAAGUGGGAGUCAGAUUACAGCACCACAGCCACAAACCAUAACACUGAUGGAUCCACUGACUAUGGCAUCUUCCAGAUCAACAGCCGCUGGUGGUGUGAUGACGGCCGUACUCCUACAUCAAAUGCGUGCCACAUCAGGUGCAGCCAGCUUCUGACCGAUGAUGUCGCAAUUGCGAUCAAUUGUGCCAAACGUGUGGUGAGGGAUCCCAACGGCAUCGGAGCCUGGGUGGCCUGGCGCCGUCACUGUGAGAACCGUGACCUGAGCUCCUAUGUCGCAGGAUGUGGCGUUUAAUCAACGUGUAGAACCAGGAUGCUGUCAUCACCACAAUGAAAAAGUUUCUCUUUGUAUGUUUGAUCUGACAGGAUUUAAACACAGAGACACUGAAGCUACAAAUAAUCAUUUUUAAAUCAAGACAACUGAAAUCUAAUCAGCAAAGAGAAAUGUGUUGAUUUCAGCCUAUAACUGUUGUUGUGCUUAUUUUAAAACAUGAUUAAAAUAUUGAUUUCCACUAAUGACGUGU